AUGUCAGAUAAUGUCGUGUUCAAGUCGAAAACAGAUACCGAUGACAGAAAUUCCAGUUCAGAAAAACUCGGAGAAUCUGUUGAGAACAUCCUUUCAGCUGAACAAAAGGACCUAAGUGGUGGCGCGUCACUCAUGCGCGAAUUGCUACAUGGGAUGUCCGCCGUCAUCCACAUGUGGUUCUUCUGUUGGUUCGGAUCCAACGUCACAACUCAGAGUGGAGAUGUGUUUCUUGCAGCAUAUGAGAGUAAUUGGUACGAUAAAUCGCCACAAAUUAAGAAUUCGUUGAGGAUGAUCAUCACUCGAGCGGGAAGGCCUGUAAAGGUAAAGGCGGGACUGAUUGGAGCCAUCGACCUACCUCUGUUUGCCACAAUCGUUCGCACCGCCUAUUCGUAUCUGACAUUGCUGAUACAAAUGAAUGAGUUUUAGUAGACACAUAUUUCACAAUUAUCGGUGACAAAUUAAUAGGAAUUUAAAAUGUCCAUUCAUUAUCCACCUGAAUAUAUUA